CCAGUCAGAAAUCAGCCUCAAUUAGCCGGAGGCCUCGCACUGCAGUCGCCCGGAGAGAUGCCAGCGAAGAAGUGUUCUCACGCGCUCUGAUGUUACAAAUAUUUGCGUGUGCUGUGCCGUGGAACGUGUGAAAAUACCACCCAGAGAAUUCUUUUUUGAGGAAGAUGAGGGAGUCCGGCUGUAGGACACACACACGAGUUCUUCUCGUGGCUGCUGUGUUUUUACUUCGGUUUACGGGAACUGGAUCAAAUCCACUGAAAGAUCCAAGCAUCUGUGGGCGUCCAACGUGCACUCCUGGGGGGAAGUUUUCCUACCUGACAGCAACAGAAUAUGUGUAUGAAUACACUAGUGAAAUCAGCACGUUAUUUGGUGGAACAAGCGCAAACAAAUCAUCACUGUAUAUUUCUGCACAAGUAUCAUUGAUAUUUCCAACAUCGUGUGAAGGAGUUCUUCAGGUGUCGCAGCUGUCGUUAACAGAAGAGGCACCGGCGUAUGACAGCGAAGAAGACGCUGACAUUCUGAGUCCUGGAAUUCCUCAUUCAGCAGAAUUCAGCCAAGCCAUUAGUCAACAUCCGUUAAGGUUUUCUUUUAUUGAUGGACUUAUUCCAGAAGUAUGCCCCCACUCGAAUGAGACGAGUUGGGUGCUCAAUUUCAAGAGGGGAAUUCUCUCAACACUUCAAAACACUAUGAAGAGGUUUGAUGUGGACCAUCACAGCACAGAUACUGAUGUAAAUGGACUCUGUGGAACGAAAUAUUCUCUGAUGGGGGCCAGAGAGACGAGCCUCGUCAUCUCAAAGAAGAAGGAUAUUUCCUCCUGCACUUACAGAUACAAGCAUCAUUCCAUUCUUCAAACAACACCUUAUCUCUUCAGACAGAGUUUUCAGCCGAUGCCUAUCAUGCGCUCUAAUAGUUCCUGUGAGAUGUCAGUAGACCACAAUAUCUACAACAAAAUUGUUUGCCAGGAAGUGCAUCUGUUUCAGCCAUUUUCUAGCAAGGAUAGUGGCGCACAAACCAUUAUAAAACAAGUGUUGACGCUAGUUACAGAGAGGAACUCGACUUCAGAUUUGCCAGACCUUGUAAAUCGUAGAUCCACGUUGUUGUUUGAUCAUGACCAAACGCCAAAGCCAGUGUCUGGCGAACUGAGAGCCUCUUGGGACCUUAUCAAGGCAAUGUGCAAGUUCAGUACAGAUGAUAUUCAGCCCGAGUUCCCAGAAGCGUUCACAAACUUUAUUCAUACUGCAAGGUUGCUGUCAUAUCCAGCUUUGUUACAGUUGUACAACCGUGCCGCAAGCAUCUGCAGAACAGGAAGGAGGCACAUUUUGGAUGCCCUUCCAAUGCUUGGCACUAACGCUGCUAUUGCAGUUAUGAAAGAUACCAUCCUGCAAAAUACUGUGUCCCAAGAUGUUGCUCAUGAGUGGCUUCUGGCGUUGUCAUUUACACCAAGACCUGAUUUACAGACAAUCAGAAUAAUUACACCCUUGCUGAAAUGGAGCAAGGCAGACGCCCAAUUCUUUCUUGGUGUGUCUACUGUUGUUCAUACAUACUGUAAAUGGAACUCAGACUGCGAAACGCAGGCUGAAGUUGCUGACAUUAUUUCAUUCCUUGAGAAACAAGCUCGUACUGGCUGUCAGCUGAAAGGAAAAACUGAAGCAACCCUGGAGAAGGCCCUGAUAGCCAUAAAAGCUCUAGGGAACAUGGGUGUUGGUAAGAGUAUCAUAAAUCCUACUUUGCAACAUUGCAUAGAACAUAAACUACUGCCCACAGAGGUCAGGAUUGCCGCUGUAGAGGCCUACAGGUAUUUGAAACUCUUCACUUGUUUGAAUGCCUUUGUCAUUCUGUCAACAUCCAUCAACUAAGUACAUAAGUGAUUA